UCAUCCCUGUCACGUUCUGCCGCUUCUUUCUGGUGAUUCUGACUCCGUGUUCCUAUCGUGGAUGAAUGGUGAAUGAUCGGGAUACCGGUGACUGAUCUGAAAAUCAUGCGGUUUUGUGAGAUCCAUGCGGAAUAAAGGAGUGGACCAACACUGCGCGUUGGCCGAAACGGAUUAAGCGCGAACAGGUGGAGAAGCGGUCAAGGGCGUUCCCCGUCUCCCCGUGGAGCCUUGAAAAAUGGCUAUGGCCGAAGAGUCGGUCGACCAAGAAGAGCGGAUCGUAAUGACCCCCAGAAAGAAGGGUGUUGGUCACACGUGUAUCGCUGUCGAGAGGUUGAAGCAGGUAGACACCUCGAAAGCGGUUCAUGUCGCUGGAGGCCAACAUCAGGGCAUUAUCAUCAAUAAGGAAAACCAGAUUGCAAACGGAGCUGAUGAAGUUCCGCAACUGUGGUUGGAAUUCAAAGUAUUCCUGAAAAACGCUUCUGACAACACUCAUUCGCAAGAGAGUCGAUUGUUGAAGUUCUGGUUCAAAGAGGGUACGACAGAGAAAACACAAAUGCAUCUUGCUCAGGAUUUCUUCAAGGAACUCGUAUCCCCUUGCGAGUUCCCACGUGACUAUGUGGGCUUCAUAAAGAAAAUUAUGAAACUUCUGCAGAAUCGGUAUCCAGACAUGAGGAAGGUGGAGGUGGAGCUGAAGCAACUGGAGACCCAGACCGAUCAAAACUCCAUAAGUGACUCUUCUUCUCUAGUUGGCUUACUGGAAGAAUCCAGGGUGGAAUCGACGACCAUCACCAUCGAGCGCGUUCUCGAAAUCAUUGAGCGCGCCUAUCCGAACGCCGUGAGCAUCGAGGACAUCGCAAAGGAUUCUGUCACGCAAGAGGAGACGGUGAGAGCUUUCAUAUCGGAACUCACCUCUCGCGGAGUUAUCAGACCGACCGAAGAUGGUUCUCUGUUUACUCGGGUCACCAGGGACGAGCAUAAGGUGAAACGGGUCCGCCAAAUGCCCGCAGUCACUCGCCAGCAACAACCGACGAUCGCUAUCAUAACAGCACAGUUCUGCGAAAAAGUUGCCGUUGAUGCAAUGAUAUCCGACAAGAACACUUUCGUCAGGUUCAAAACCGAAGGGGAAUCGAACGUCUAUACCCUCGGGAAUAUUGGUUGCCAUCGGGUCGUUGCUACGAAACUACCGGCUGUUGGACAUCAACGAGGGGCGAUGAUCGCUGCGGGAAAUACUACCACGAGACUUCUGGGUACAUUCCAGAACGUUGAUCACGUAAUCCUCGUCGGAUGCGGAGGGGGUGUACCCCAUUUCACCGAUCACACGAAGCAUGUUCGCUUAGGAGACGUGGUCGUCUCUGAUAAACCAGCUGGAAUAGACCGGAAUAAUUAUAUCUACAUGUUCGCUGAAAAGAUAAAAACUUCGCCGAACGAAGACAGAUCUCCCUCACCACCCGGCUCGUUCAACUUGAAAACAUGGCUACCUCCCGAAGAUAAGCUUCAGCGAGCCGCUCACCGUGUCAUCGAAGAGAAUGUCGCAUGGGAGGACUAUAUAGCCGAAGGCUUCAAGCAGCUGCAGAAAACUGCCGCUCAUUCAGACGAGGAGAAUGAUUUCAUGCGCCCUCCAGACGAGAGCGACAAACUAUUCAUGGGCAUCGGAGGCAACGACGUGAUCGAGGUGGGUCACCCUUGCGCCCCACCGGGAGCAGCGAACUCCCGGGUACCGGGACAUCCAUCUGUUCAUUUCGGAGCGGUGGCAUCGGGUGGGAUGGUGGCUCUCGACGAUGCACAGCGACAAGAGUUCGCGUCGCAGCAUGGAAUUCUCGCUUUCGAUAGCGAAUUCAAUAGCGUUGUUGAGUCCGUUUACGGUAAUCGGAAAGACAAUUAUCUCGUCCUGCGCGGCGUAGCCGACUACAGAGAUGGAACGAAACGGAAGGAUUGGCAAGCCUACUCCGCUCUUGUAGCCGCCGCCUACAUGAGAGCAGUUGUCGAGAACCUUUAUUGAGGGAUCUUGACAGGCGAUUCUGAGCUCCUCAUCACACAUAUUUUCAAUUCGAACCGCCAUUCUCAAACUCACCGGCACCUUCGAUUGCACUCUUUCCUGAUCAGCGUCGGAUGCGGCAGUCGCAGAAGAGCGGGUUGCUCCGUGCCUGGCGACUGAUCGAAUGGAUGAUUUCUACCACAUGCGAGGGUCGCUACAAUUUCGACGUCUCGGAGCGGUGAACUUAGCUCAGAAGUUUGCAGUGUCCGGACCUCCCGCAUUCUCCGGAGCCGAUC